AUGGCCCCUAACCUCCGAAAAUCUCACCCGCUCCUAAAAAUAAUCAACAACUCCCUAAUCGAUCUACCUACCCCAUCGAACAUCUCCGUCUGAUGAAACUUCGGCUCUCUCCUAGGCAUCUGCCUGACCACACAAAUCCUAACUGGCUUACUACUAGCUGCACACUACACUGCAGACACAACCCUAGCCUUCUCAUCCGUUGCCCACACAUGUCGAAACGUACAACAUGGCUGACUAAUCCGCAACCUACAUGCAAACGGAGCUUCAUUCUUCUUCAUCUGCAUCUACAUGCACAUCGGACGAGGUCUCUACUAUGGCUCAUACCUAUACAAAGAAACCUGAAAUACAGGAGUUAUCCUCCUACUCACUCUUAUAGCAACCGCCUUCGUAGGCUACGUCCUACCAUGAGGACAAAUAUCAUUCUGAGGAGCCACAGUCAUCACCAACCUAUUCUCAGCCAUCCCGUACAUCGGCCAAACCAUCGUAGAGUGAGCCUGAGGAGGUUUCUCAGUAGACAACCCCACACUAACCCGAUUCUUCACUCUACACUUCCUCCUCCCCUUCAUAAUCAUAGGCCUCACCCUAAUCCAUCUCACAUUCCUUCACGAAUCUGGCUCAAACAAUCCCCUAGGUAUCGUAUCAAACUGCGACAAAAUCCCAUUCCACCCCUACUUUUCCCUAAAAGACACCCUAGGAUUCAUACUCAUAUUCCUCCCACUAAUAACCCUCGCCCUAUUCUCACCAAACUUACUAGGAGACCCAGAAAACUUCACCCCAGCAAACCCAUUAGUAACACCCCCACACAUCAAACCAGAAUGAUACUUCCUAUUCGCAUACGGCUUCCUACGCUCAAUCCCAAAUAAACUAGGAGGCGUGCUAGCCCUAGCCGCCUCUAUACUAAUCCUCUUCCUAGCUCCACUCCUCCAUAAAUCCAAACAACGUACAAUAACCUUCCGCCCUCUCUCCCAACUUCUAUUCUGAACCCUAACUGCCAACCUCCUCAUUCUAACAUGAGUCGGCAGCCAACCAGUAGAACACCCAUUCAUCAUCAUCGGCCAACUAGCCUCCCUUACCUAUUUUACCAUCCUCCUAAUUCUCUUCCCCAUAACCGGAGCCCUAGAAAACAAAAUACUAAACUACUAA